UGCAACUAGACGACAAGCAUGGCUGGGAAGCAACAACAAAUCGACGUUUCCCAGUUACCGGCGCCUCAACUGAAUCAGUUGACACAACAAUUAGAUCAGGAGAUAGAGUUCUUUUCAAACUCCCUGAAUCAGCUAAAAUUGGCACAGGGAAAAUUUGUCGAAUCCCAGGAAUGCUUGAACAAAGUCAGCCCAGACAAUCUAAGCAAAGACAUUUUGGUGCCUCUUACCAGCUCUAUGUAUGUUCCUGGGCAGUUGAGUGAUGUACAAAAUGUGUUGGUAGAUAUUGGAACUGGGUACUAUGUAGAAAUGGAAGUAAACAAAGGAAAAGAAUACUUUAAAAGAAAAGUAGAGUACAUCUCAAAGCAGAUUGAAAAGAUCCAACCUGUUUUACAAGAGAAAUAUAGAAUGAAGCAAGCAACAAUGGAGAUCCUUCAAAGUAAAAUCCAGGCAAUGAGUCUACAACAGCAAGGUUCGGCACCCAAAGCUUGAUCAACCUGUGUUUGAUUAUCUCAAAUCCUGUGUCCCUUCUAAUCUGUUGACAGUUCUACCUACUCAUUUGCUUUGUAACUCAUUUUGUAUUACAUAGUGUAAACUUUAUAAUAAAUUGCCAUGUUGUAAGCUCAAA